AUGAAAGCAGAUGAAUGUAUUAUAUAUAAGCCCAUUGUAUGUGCCUAUGUUACCGUUUUCUUCACAAUGUGCCUGUGUACCUUUGCUACACAUGUAUACUUCGUCACCCUUGCUACACAUGUGUACUGCGUCAUCCUUACUACACAUGUGUACUGCGUCACCCUUGCUGCACAUGUGUACUGUGUUACCCUUGCUGCACAUGUGUACUGUGUCACCCUUGCAACACAUGUGUACUGCGUCACCCUUGCUACACAUGUGUACUGUGUCACCCUUGCAACACAUGUGUACUGCGUCAUCCUUGCUGCACAUGUGUACUGCGUCACCCUUGCUACACAUGUGUACUGUGUCACCCUUGCAACACAUGUGUACUGCGUCACCCAUGCUACACAUGUGUACUGUGUCACCCUUGCAACACAUGUGUACUGCGUCACCCUUGCAACACAUGUGUACUGCGUCACCCUUGCUACACAUGUGUACUGUGUCACCCUUGCUACACAUGUGUACUGCGUCAUCCUUGCUGCACAUGUGUACUGCGUCAUCCUUGCUGCACAUGUGUACUGCGUCACCCUUGCAACACAUGUGUACUGCGUCACCCUUGCUACACAUGUGUACUGUGUCACCCUUGCUACACAUGUGUACUGCGUCACCCUUGCUACACAUGUGUACUGCGUCAUCCUUGCUGCACAUGUGUACUGCGUCACCCUUGCAACACAUGUGUACUGCGUCACCCUUGCUACACAUGUGUACUGUGUCACCCUUGCUACACAUGUGUACUGCGUCACCCUUGCUACACAUGUGUACUGCGUGACAAAGUUGAUAAGAGGAAUAAAUGUUAUCUAA